AUGUUCGACGAGACGGCGAAGUUCCUAGUGAAACCGGUCAGUCGAGCUGACCGCGCGCUGUGCCCGCUGGAUGCUCGAGCGGAGCGGAGCGGACCCCGGCGGUGGAAAGUGGCCGCGCCACGUGCACCAUUCCAUACGCUCACACGACGUGACGGUUUCGUGCACCGCACCACGCAGAAGUCCAGUGUCGCCGCCGUUCCUGUCGCGUUGCAUUCUCAUUCGAGAUGCGCUACAUUAUUCAUUAGAGCGUGUGUGGAAAGUUUCGUAUUUUCGAAUAUUAAGAAGUGGGUCAAGGUCCGACGCUUUUUUGUAGCUGAACCGAUGUCAGAUCAAAUCCAACCUCGCGUCUGUUUAAUUGCCCGUUUGCUAUCGCGGGCGAGCUCUGCCCAGAGACAGAUAGCGCUAUCGGCCCAUGUCGAAGGCGAUGACAUCACGCGUUCCCGGCUCCCCUUAGCCUUCAGGGGUCUGAAACGGAACGGCGACGACGCCGCGAAAGCGUUUGAGGGCGCGGCGCCGGGCGCACCACCUGUCGAGGACCGCAACAGGUCGUCCGGCCACGCGGCUUUCUCUACUCUCGACCGAGAUUCGAGAUAUGGAGACUAA